AUGAGGAAUCAGUCGUGGGUGAGCGAGUUCCUGCUGCUGGGCAUCCCGGGUGCAGAGGGCCAGGACGGCGCUCUGCUGCUGCUCCUGGCCGCCGUGUACACCUGCGCCCUCCUGGGCAACGCGCUGCUGCUCGCGGCCGUGGCCUCGUCGCCCCGGCUCCACACCCCCAUGUACUUUUUCCUGGGAAACCUGUCCAUCUUCGACCUGGGUUUCUCUUCCACCACCAUCCCCAAGAUGCUGGCCUACCUGUCCGGGAGGAGCCGCGCCAUCUCCUUCCAGGGCUGCGCCACCCAGCUCUUCUUCUACCACUGCCUGGGCUGCACCGAGUGCUUCCUGUACACCGUGAUGGCCUACGACCGCUUCGUGGCCAUCUGCCACCCGCUGCGCUACACGGCCAUCAUGAGCCCCCGGCCGUGCGCCGCCCUGGCCGCCGGGACCUGGGUGGGUGGCUGCGUGCACGCCACGCUGCUCACCUCCCUCACCUUCCGGCUGCCCUACUGUGGAUCCCGAGGGGUGAGCUACUACUUCUGCGACAUCCCCGCCGUGCUGCCGCUGGCCUGCGGGGACCCGGCCCUGGCUCAGAGGGUCAGCUUCACCAACGUGGGCCUGCUGUCCCUCAUCUGCUUCUCUCUCAUCCUCUGCUCCUACACUCGCAUUGGCAUCGCCAUAGCCAAGAUUCGCUCCACCGAGGGCAGGCAGCGGGCCUUCUCCACCUGCAGCGCCCACAUCACCGCCAUUGCCUGUGCCUAUGGCCCGGUCAUCAUCAUCUACCUGCAGCCCGACCCCAGUCCUCUGCUGGGGGCCAUAGUGCAGAUCCUGAACAAUCUGGUGACUCCUGCGUUGAAUCCACUCAUCUACAGCCUGAGGAAUAAGGAUGUGAAAUCAGCCCUGAGCAGCCUCCUUCCCCGGAGAAGCCUGGUCCUGGGAAAGAAGUGA